CUAUGAGACUGUCUGCGGUGGAUGGGACCCCAGUUGGCCGAGGAGCUGUUUCCCACACCACCACACCUGUCAAGCUCAACGUCAGCGCUCUGCACUCAGAAGAGAUCAGGAUAUCAACCACCCAUCAUGCCCUGGUCAGCCGAACCCUCUAAUAUUCCUGCGGUAGACGAUUGGAUGCGUCGGAGCGAGGAAGUGUGGGAGGAGACUCACAGACGCAUUGAGGCUGUUUUACAACGGCAGAAACAACAGGCUGAUCGCCUACGCCGUGAGACCCCCCUUUACUCUCCUGGUGAUCGGGUUUGGCUAUCUACAAGGGAUUUCCGGCAACCAGAUGCUAAUAAGAAACUUUCAGUUAAGUAUAUUGGUCCUUUCAAAGUCAUUAAGAGAAUUAAUGAAGUUACCUACCGUCUCGAUCUACCCUCUCACUACCGUGUAUGCCCUUCUUUUCAUGUGUCUUUAUUAAAGCCGGUUAUCCCUGGUCCGUUGGAUGAGACAUCGCUCGGGGCGUCUCCUCCUCCUCCGGUGGCUAUGGACGGUGGCCCGGUUUAUGCGGUAGAACGACUUUUGGACUCCAGGAGGAGAAGGGGAGCCCUGGAGUAUCUGGUGGACUGGAAGGGCUACGGACCUGAGGAGAGAAGUUGGGUUCCGGCAACUGAUGUCCUGGAUCCUUUAAUGGUGGAUGACUUUCACCGGUCUCAUCCAUACCGCCCUGCACCACGCCCUAGAGGUCGCCCUAGGAGAAGGUCUCCAGGUCCAAGAAGGGGUAGACGCGGUGGUUCUGUCUCUGUCCGGUCCCUCAGUUCGGUCCGCAGUCCCAGGAGGGGUCGUCCCAGGUCCAGGGCUUCCAUCCAUUCCGUUCCCGUUUCUGGGCCACCUGUUCAGGACUCCGCUGAGGGGACGCUGCCAUUGGAGAUGGUGUGA